AGCCAGACGGACACACUACACUUUCCUAGCAAUAUUAAAAAUAAUAAAUAAGAAAGAAACAAUAAAAUAUUCGCAAACAAAGGGCCUGCCUGUACUUGGACCUGGACCAGUAAAUGAGAAAGAUUGUAGCUGGAUGCGUCAGUUGGAGCUCUUUAAAUAGUGAAAUCGGCCCCCGCUCCUGUCCUUCCACCGGUCCACACGAGCGGCGUUAUCAAGAUGAGCAUGCGCACACGUGCCUUGGUGUUUUCCACUUUCUUCGGCAGCUGCUUGGCCAUCGGCCUGCUGCUGGUGAGCAUGACUACUAACCACUGGGUUAGGGCCACUACGCGGCGGAACAACUCGACGGAAGCCAACGGCGAGGUUAACUUCGGGCUCUUCAAUGGCAAUCAUGAUCUGAACUUUGGAGUUGGCGUGCGGAGUAAUCCGUUUAAUGUCUACACCUUCGUACGCACGGAGAACGGUGAACCCAGCUUCUGGCUAUGGCUCCUCACCACCCUGGGCACGGGAUUUGGCCUCUUGGCCUGCGCCGUGGCAGCCAUCGCCGCGGUCUUGAAGUCAGCCUCUGCGGCUAAGAGGGGCGGUACCAUGGCGCUGCUCCUAGUCGCCAAUGUAUCGGCAGCUGGGGCCCAGGUUGUUGCUUUUGUCUCCUGGCUGGUGCAGUUCUAUCAGUACUUUAUCCACAAUGUAUUGAUGACCGAGCACCAGCAGCAGCACUGGUACAGCACCGGACUCGCCUAUCUGGGCUACAGCUUCUACUUGGUGGUGAUCUCAACGAUUGUGGUUAUGCUCAACAUCAUCGUUCUACUGUACGCCAAGCGGCGAGAGCUUCACGACCGCCGGCGCCUGGACCCGCCGAGUGAGGACAAAAAUCAGGCCGGCAUAAUGCUGUACUAGGAUGGAAGGACCCUAACUGAACCUCAA